CCAAGAGCGAUGAUGGCGGCGGCGGCGGCGGCGCCUGGUUUGGCCGCGCCUUCGGGGCCAGCGAGCCCGGCGGGCCCUGCGGCCAGAGACCUCUUCGCGGAAGGGCUGCUCGAGUUCCUGCGGCCGGCCGUGAGGCAACUGGACACGCACGUCCAUGCGGUCAGAGAGAGUCAGGUGGAGCUGCGGGAACACAUUGACAGCUUGGCAACAGAGCUCUGCCGAAUCAAUGAGGACCAGAAAGUUGCCCUCGACCUGGACCCAUACGUCAAGAAACUGCUCAAUGCCCGGCGCAGGGUCGUCCUGGUUAACAACAUCCUGCAGAAUGCUCAGGAGCGCUUGAGAAGGCUCAACCACAGCGUGGGCAAGGAGACGGCCCGGAGGAAGGCCAUUCUUGAAGCCAGCGGCAACUACCCCCAGGGCUCCCCCAGCAAGUGAGGAGUGCAGCGAAGGGAAACGGCCGGGGCGAGGCGCUCUUUCGGAGGCUGCGGCGUUCUUAUGCGCAGGUACUGCUGGCUUGUGAGCACAAUGUGGAGGGGGAUAAAGUUGGACUUCAGACAUUGUACGGUGCAUGGAACCCACCCGUAGGACAGAAUUGCUGCACACAGAACCGUUCCCAUCUUAUGAAGUAAAGGGGACGGACGGAAGUGUCUUUGGUUAGGUUUCCAAAAUGCUUCCCUGAGGUACUCGUAACCUGGAGCUGGUGCAAUUAAAUCUGCUUAUGGCUCUGAGUAACAGAACAUGGACAAUAAUAGUUCUUCCUGCUAGUGCAAUAAAGCUUAAUACUAAUCAUCA